AUUUGUGUUUGGUUAAUUGGCUUUUUGGUUGGCUAAAAAGCCAGCUUUUCCGCCAAAAGCCAAAAGCUAGUGAGAGUAGCUUUUUUGGGUUGGCCUUUUGGCUUAAAUGAUAACAAUUACAAUUUUAUCCCUCAUGACACCUAUUAUCAUUCUCAUCUCAAUUACCUUUCUCUCUCCAAAAAUCAAAAAACCCACUAUUAUACUACAGAUAGAAUUUGGGAGAAGUUGGGGUGAAGGUAUUACUUUCACUAGAGCGUCGGGAGCGGCAGAGCAUAAAUUCAUAAUCAAGCUCCGGCAUCUGCAUGACUACAUUAUUCGAUGGCCCCAAAGAAAAGCAAAAGUAAUCACAUAGGGGAGAGGAUAAAUGAUGGAGAAAUCCAAGAAUUGGUGAAUGUAAAUCGAAUAAAUUGGUCCAAUGAAUUAAUCCACAUACCUUUUGAUCUUUGUAUUAAAAACACAUUGUGGAGUAAGGAAAAAAUGGUGCUAUUACUUCAGACAAGUUGUUGUGGAAAAAAGUGGUAGAAAAUUGGGAAAAUACCACAAACUUAGCAUGGGAUAAAGGCCGGCUUAAAAACAAAUUGGAUGGAAUGAGGCCUAAAUGGAUACUUUGGAAACAAUUGAAAUCGAAGGAAACCGGCUUAGGGUGGGAUCAUGAGAAAGGAACGGUUGCCGCAAGUGAUGAGUGGUGGGCUUUAAAAAUAAAGGAAAAUGAAAAAUUUGAAAUCUUUCGUGAUGAAGGAAUUGAACCUGAGCUUUAAUACAAAAUGGAUCAAGUUUUUGGGGGAUGUGCCCAAGGAGCCAAAAAGUUUACCCUAGUGGCCGAUCCUCCUACAAUGGAUGAUGAAGCAUAUGUUCCUUCUCCAACCAUUAGUUCUCGUCAGGCUCAUUCUCCUUAUGUUACUGAUUAUGAUGAAGUAGGUUCUAAUUUGGGAAAUGAAUGGGAUGCAAUGUGGAGGGAAAUAAGCCCUUCAUCCCCUAACCCCAUAUCCACCCCUAAUGAGAUCAAUGAUAAAGGAAAAGGGAAAAGAGUAAUGGAGAGUGGUUCCUUUCAAAGUAACAAGAGUUCAAGGUCUGAAAAAAAUAAAAAUAAAAAGUCUGGAGGGAGUGCUGCCCUAAGUGAUAAAAUUGAUGGAAUGAUGGAAAUAAUUGCUGAGAGGAAUAGUUCCUCAAAAGAGUUUCAAACUGCUAUGGUGAAUAUGAUGAAUUCUAUGAAUGUUGCUACACCAAAAUAUAGUGUGACUGAUGCUAUGGCUAAAUUAUGUUCCAUAGAUGAUUUUGAUUCUAGCUCACUUGAAUUUUACUAUGUUAUGCUUGUACACUCAUUGAAGAUCCACAAAGAAGGACAAUCUUUUUAGAAUUACCGGAUGAUAAGAAAAGAGUUGAAUACAUUCGGUUUAUGUAUGCACAAAAUGUGGGACACAAGUGAUAUGUGCUACUGACUUUACUAACUACUUAGAAUUGCAUAUGGUAAAUUAGAAAUUAGAUUAAGAAUGUUACAAAUAUGUUCUUUUGGAAUCUUAUGCCUUCAUGCCUGCUGUCGAACUGUUUCACUCACUGGGUUCUUUACACGAGAUGGGGUGGACUGCCCUCUCGGAAGGUUAGGAAGGACAGGGCAAGCUGGCUGACCCUUCCUAGCUUUUGUUUGUUAGAACUAAUUCCAAAAUGGCUCUUUAAGUCCAUAAUUCAUAUAUAUCUUCUUUUGUAAGUGUACAACAAAAAGAAAUAGGAAAUGUUGUACGCAUCCCUAACCCGUGUAUAUGUUUAUGUUUUAUAGAGAAAAAUUGUAUGGGUGUUAAUGGGAUUACUUUUGCUACUUUUUUUGGAUGAUUGAAAUUCUUCCUUGUUUUGUACAUUUAAAUCUUAUAUAUAUCAUAUUAAUAUUAGUUAUGUUAUAUAGUUGAUUUUGAAAUUAAACUUGUUUG